AUGGUUGCAUUGGCGGGGGAGAAUGGGCCAGGAAUGUUGGAGAGUUUGGGCUCUAAGAUUGGCAGAGAGAUUAUUCAGGACGAUCCCGCGUCACUAAUCCCUGGCCUCCACAGUCACGCACUUGUUGUCCUUGUGGACCCUGUGGCGGAUGUCCGUCGGCGAUUAGCGUUGAGCGAGGUCGUUCUUAAUGGCUCGGUGCUGGGAGUUCCAUCGCGGACUCCUGCUGGGCUGCAUGCUUGCUUCUGCGCCGACGGAUACUCCGUUGUGCCCGAGGUAAAUCAUGACGCCCCAAAGUAUCCAGUGAUGUGA